GCACCUUUGGCUAAGUACCGUAUCUUGUCUUUCGAUCUCAUUCCAUGCUCACUUUUAAUCGCCGCAAGCGAGAAGAAAGCAUUCAAUCGCCGACAAGUUGGUCUGCACUCUAAUCGACGGCAUUGGCUUUGAGAUUCAUUGAAAGAAAGGAACGAACGAACAACCAUGGGGUGCAAGACAUCAAAGUACGCGGUCCAAGACACUCCUCAAUAUGGAGACGACCAACUCCACUACAAGGACGACGACGGAAUGGAAGGCGUGGGGUCGUAUCAAAUCGAAACGGAUAUAAUACCCACACAUCGAUACGUCGGCAAUGGGUAUCCGUCUUGCGACAGUGGUAUGCAGAACAACCAACUCGCCCCGCAAACGCAGCUUGCCGUUCAAGGCAGCGGUGGAUUCUGUCCUUCCGAUGCCCAGUUCAGCAAGCUGGCAGAGAAUUGCACUUCUGGAUUCUUGGAGAUGUUUAGCAUGGGAGAAAAACCGAAACUCAUCACCAAUGAGCCGGCCAGAGAUGCUGCCUUCCUGCCACCAGCGUACAACUACCAAACUCCUCCCUCGCAAGACAUGGAGAACAGCCUCGCCAACAGCCACGCUGCCCAUAGUCAGAGUAGCCGACGCAGCCAACGCAGUCAACGCAGCCAACACAGUCAGAACAUCGGUCAACCGCGACGGGCUAUUCCGGUACAAAAUGGUUCUUUUUCCUUGUAACCUGUGCGCAGCACAACCGCAAGACAAUCAACAUAAUAUUAUGGCUGUGAUUUAGCUGCUGUCAUUGGCUACAAUUAUGUUAUUGCUCUUGCUUGGGAGGAGGAGAAGAAGAUAUUCUAGUGCAUGGAACGUAGAAAGAAUAGUGGAAACGCAGCUGGUGACACGGAUUGCGCUGGGAUCUUCAUUGCCUACUUUUGGUUGGUGUCUUGCGCGUCUGGGGGUCGCACUUUUUUAAUAUCAAGUUUUCUGGUUAGAUUGGGGUUUCCUGAUGCUCGCUCUGUACCAUAUGGGGAAUGAGUUGCUGCAUCGUGUUGCCACGGCAUGAUCUGGAUCGCAAUCAAUCUAUGUUACAUAAGUUUAUACAUCUAAUUGUAGUGCUAUUUUCAAUC